AUGGGUGCCGGAGCGAGCGCGGAGGAGAAACACUCCAGGGAGCUGGAGAAGAAGCUGAAGGAGGAUGCGGACAAGGACGCCAGGACCGUCAAACUGCUGCUGCUGGGUGCUGGUGAAUCAGGGAAGAGCACAAUUGUCAAGCAGAUGAAAAUUAUCCACAAAGAUGGUUACUCUCUGGAAGAGUGCUUGGAGUUCAUUGUGAUUAUCUACAGUAACACGCUCCAGUCCAUCAUGGCUAUAGUAAAGGCCAUGAACACUCUGAACAUCGGCUAUGGAGAUCCUGCCCAGGCGGACGACGCCAGGAAACUGAUGCACUUGGCAGACACCAUUGAGGAGGGCACCAUGCCUAAAGAACUGUCUGAUAUCAUCCUACGUCUGUGGAAAGACACGGGCAUCCAGGCCUGCUUUGACAGGGCAUCUGAGUACCAGCUCAACGACUCCGCCGGAUACUAUCUGAAUGACUUAGAGAGACUGGUCCAGCCUGGCUAUGUCCCUACAGAGCAGGAUGUGCUCAGGUCAAGGGUCAAGACCACUGGUAUCAUUGAGACUCAGUUCUCAUUCAAAGACCUCAACUUCAGGAUGUUUGACGUGGGCGGCCAGCGUUCAGAGAGGAAGAAAUGGAUUCACUGCUUCGAAGGAGUCACCUGCAUCAUCUUCAUCGCCGCCCUCAGCGCCUACGACAUGGUACUCGUGGAGGACGAUGAAGUGAACCGUAUGCAUGAAAGUCUCCACCUCUUCAACAGUAUCUGCAACCACCGCUACUUCGCAACCACUUCAAUCGUACUCUUCCUCAACAAGAAAGACGUCUUCCUGGAGAAGAUCAAGAAGGCCCAUUUGAGCAUGUGCUUCCCUGAGUACGAUGGACCCAACACCUAUGAGGAUGCUGGAAACUACAUCAAGGUGCAGUUCCUCGACCUGAACAUGCGACGAGACGUCAAGGAAAUCUACUCUCACAUGACCUGUGCCACGGACACAGAAAACGUCAAGUUUGUGUUCGAUGCCGUAACCGACAUCAUCAUCAAAGAGAAUCUCAAAGACUGCGGUCUCUUCUAA